AGGCUUACGAAUGUGGAGCCUCACUGCCGUGAGACUUAUCCAGUGGAACAAUGCCUACAAUGCGUAUUUAUUAAGUGAUCAUUCCCUCCCUCCACCAAACCCGAGCAUGCCCCGUCUCCUUGAAACGGCACCCCACCAACCGUAAUCGAUCCGACGUCAGUGAUUCCCGGUUUCUCUUCCUCCUACUUAGCCUUGAUUAUAACAGACAUUGUCAUAAGUUCCAGUCUCCUCUUGCUAUAUUGAGGGAUGCCAGACGCCAAAUCAUCGUCACCAGGGAGGUCUCGAAGGACUUCAGAUUGGCAGAAGCACGCGGAAGCUACAGACCUUCCGUCCUUCUACUCCCCGCGGUCCCGGCCCAUCAAGGAAGAUGACGAGGACAACAUCGUCACCGCGCUAAGUCGUGACGAAUUGGCUCUUUCCUCACUCACCCGUCCAGGGAAUCAUGCUUCUACCACUGUUGACGAUGCAGACCAAUCGUCAGCGCCGCCGCCACCGUCGCUGCUCUCGCCUGCUUUCACCCCUCCUGCCACCCCCGGCACAGUGACUCCUAUAGCCGAGCAAGCUCGUGGGGUUCCCGUCGAUUCCUCUGUUCCGUCGGGGGGAUGCGGAACUAGACGACCGAAACUACUCCAAGCGUUGCCGGAAGUCCAAUGCAUUGUUCGCGCUCGUAUUCCAACGGUCUCGGGGACGGAGAUGUUCUUACAUCUAUAUACGAACAAUGUCGAUAACAAAGAACAUCUCGCCAUCGUUUUCGGCUCACAUAUUCGGAGUAAGUCGCUCGACGCGCCGAGGGAGGGCGAGACAGAGAUGGAUCGAAUGGUCAGGGGGGCAUAUACAGGCCGCUUAUAUCCCGGGCGGACGAAGAGUGGCAUGGCGCAUAGCGGCUCGCCGUCGGCCGGUGAGUCCGAAAAUGUCAAUUCUCAAGGCGGCGGCCCUCCCCUUGUCCGCAUACAUUCGGAGUGCUACACGGGCGAGACGGCAUGGUCCGCGCGGUGCGACUGCGGCGAACAGCUCGACGAGGCGGCUCGACUGAUGUCGCUUCCCAGCGCCGUGAAUGGAGGCAUUGUCAUCUACCUCCGGCAAGAGGGGCGAGGCAUCGGUCUCGGUGAAAAGCUGAAAGCAUACAAUCUACAAGACCUAGGGUCCGACACCGUCGAAGCGAAUUUACUGUUGCGACACCCCGCCGACGCGCGAAGCUAUGGGCUUGCGACAGCCAUGCUACUUGACUUGGGACACAAGGAAAUUCGCUUGCUGACAAACAAUCCGGACAAGAUAAGGGCUGUGGAAGGGCCAAAUAGAGAGGUGAGAGUUACGGAACGCGUCGCAAUGGUACCAUUAAGUUGGAAGGGCAAAGGAGGUUUCCGGAGUCGAGAAGUGGAGGGAUACCUGAAGACUAAGAUUGAGAAGAUGGGUCACUUGUUAGACAUUGGAACUCUUCCACCAUGAGACCCAUGUACAUGUAGAACACAAUUGGUGGAAUGUGUGCUCCAUCAUCGCAGAACAACGUCGUCAAUGUCAGAUACCAAAGACGGGGCCGCGCAGAGCUGGCAUAUAGACAACAACCCGUCUUGAUUUAAGAAUAUGUUAACGUGUAGAAAGACUGGUCAUUAGACGAGAGGUCACCUUCGACUACCACACGUUCAAGAGUAGACCUACACAGAUAGAUCAUGAUUCCUAUUCUUUCGCAAUUGUAUGCGAAUGGUUGUAUAAUAAAAUGUAGUACUGCGCAGCACACAUAUUGUCGCCUUCCUCUAUUCUCUCCCGAUGGUAUACACCUUUUCCUACU